UAUAAAUUUUGCCGCCAUUUGCAAUUUGUAAACAAAGCAGACCGCGAAAUUUUAUGUUAAUUUAUUAACUAUGAAUUGAUUCACUGUACGAUGUAUAUAAAACAGGUUAUUAUUCAAGGGUUUAGAAGUUACAGAGAUCAGACAGUUGUAGACCCAUUCAGUUCAAAACAUAAUGUUAUUGUUGGAAGAAAUGGAUCAGGAAAGAGUAAUUUUUUCUAUGCUAUACAGUUUGUCUUGUCUGAUGAGUUCAGUCACUUGAGACCAGAACAGAGACAAGCUUUACUCCAUGAAGGGACAGGACCAAGGGUUAUAUCAGCAUUUGUGGAAAUCAUCUUUGACAAUUCAGAUAACAGAAUUCCUAUUGAAAAAGAUGAAGUUGUAUUACGUCGAGUCAUUGGUUCCAAGAAAGAUCAGUAUUUUCUGGAUAAGAAAAUGGUCACGAAAGGUGAUGUUAUGAAUUUAUUAGAAAGUGCAGGAUUUUCAAGAAGUAAUCCAUAUUAUAUUGUCAAACAAGGAAAGAUUAACCAAAUGGCAACAGCUCCUGAUUCUCAGAGAUUAAAACUUCUUCGUGAAGUAGCAGGUACUAAGGUGUAUGAUGAAAGGAAGGAAGAAAGUAAAGUUAUUCUUCGAGAAACCGAGGGUAAGAGGGAAAAGAUAAAUGAUCUGUUAAAAUAUAUAGAGGAAAGAUUAGCUACAUUGGAGGAAGAGAAAGAAGAAUUAAAAGAAUAUCAGAAAUGGGAUAAAAUGAGAAGAUCCUUGGAAUACACAAUACACGACCAUGAGCUGAGAGACACUAGAAAGAAGUUAGAUGAGUUACAAGACAAAAGAGAAAACAGUGGUACUAAUACACAGAAAAUAAGAGAUUUACAGCAGUCUUCCACAGAUAAAGUUAAGGCAAUAAAUAAAGAUUUAAGAGAUUUGAAAUCCAGAAUGCAGUCAAUACAUGAUGAGAAAGAACAGUUAACUUCAGAAAAUCAGGACUUAACAAAGAAGAAAGCCAAACUAGAAUUAAACAUUAAAGAUAUUCAAGAUGAGCUGGAAGGAGAUAAAUCUGCUAGGAAAAAGGCUGAAGAAGAGUUGAAAAAGGUUUCUGAUAAAAUAGUAAAGACCCAGAAUCAGCUGGAAGAAAUCACUCCAAAAUAUGAUGCUGAACAAAGGAAGGAAGAGGAAUGUACAAGACAGUUAUCAAUGGCAGAACAAAGAAGGAAAGAACUUUAUGCAAAACAAGGCAGAGGGAAUCAGUUUACAUCUCGAGAUGACAGGGAUGCCUGGAUCAAGAAAGAAUUAAAAUCACUAAACAGGGCAAUCAGAGACAAAGAAGAACAGAUUAAAAGAUUAAGAGAAGAUUUGGUUAAUGAUGAUAAAAGAGCAGAACAUCUCAGAACACAAAUUGAGGAAGUUUCAACAAAAAUUGACCAGAACAAAGACAUCAUUGGACAGAAUGACAAAAACAGCAUUGAAAUGAAAAGAGAAAGAGAUGUUUUAAUGAAUGAUAGAAAUGCAUUAUGGAGACAGGAAAACAUAUUACAGCAAGAAAUAUCCAGUACAAGAGAAGAAUUAAGUAAAAAGGAGCAGGCUUUACGAUCAAUGACUGGAAAAGGAAUUUUGAAUGGUAUAGAUAGCGUAAAGAAAGUGCUACAAUCAUUUACUGACCAGGGGAAGUAUAGUGAUGUGGUUAAUGGAUACAAGGGAAUCCUGAUAGAAAACUUAGACACAGAGAAAACAUUCUUCACUUGUGUUGAAGUAACAGCAGGAAAUAGGUUAUUUCAUCAUGUAGUUGAUACAGAUAAAACUGGAACUAAAAUAUUAACAGAAAUGAACAGAUUAAGAUUACCAGGAGAGGUGACAUUUAUGCCCCUUAACAGAUUAGAUGCCAGGGAUACAAAUUAUCCAGACACAAAUGAUGCUAUUCCAAUGAUUUCCAAACUGAAAUUUGAGAGAGAAUAUGAUCGUGCCAUAAAACAUGUAUUUGGUAAAACAUUGAUUUGUCGGAACAUGGAAACGGGUACUCAGAUAGCUAGAACACAAAACUUAGAUUGUGUUACUUUAGAUGGUGACCAAGUAAGUAGAAGAGGUGCUUUAACAGGUGGUUUUUAUGAUACUCGACGAUCAAGACUUGAUCUCCAGAAAAGUAAAUUAGAACUGACAGAAAAGCUUGAAAACCAAGAAAAAGAAUAUGCUGAACAUAAAUCAAAGUUAGAAACAUUAGAAGCCAAAAUGAACAAUAUAGUCAGUGAAAUGCAGAAAACCGAAACAAGAAAUAGUAAAAAUAAAGAUACCUUUGAUAAAAUGAGAGCAGAUUUACGAUUGAUGACUGAAGAACUUAACUCUAUAGAAAAGUCUAAGUCCCCUAAGGAAAAGAGUGUUGCCAGUUUACACUCUAGUUUAGAAGCAAUGCAAGGAUCAGCUGCCUCUCUGAAUGAAGAAUUGGGUUCAGAUUUAUUAUCACAACUCAGUGUGGAAGAUCAAGGAGAAGUAGACAAAUUAAAUGAUACAAUUAAACAGCUGACUCUGCAAAAUAAAGAGGCGUUAACAGAAAGAAUCAGGCUUGAAGGUGACAAAAACAAAUUAGAGAACUUACUACACAAUAACUUAAUGAAGAAGAGAGAUAGACUAACCAAUGAUCUACAGGAAGUAUCUGUGGAAGAUAGAAAGAAUAAACUAGAAUCUCUCAAUCAGGAAUUACAAACAGUUGAUGAUCGAGUACAGGAAAUCAAAUCUCAUACAAAAGAAUUAGAUGGACAAUUAGAGAAAAUGAACAAAGAGCAGAAAUCUUUACAGAACAAUAUGGAACAUUGGAAGGCUCAAGAAAAAGAAUUUCAAGACAAGAUUAGUGAUGAUGCUAAAGAACUGGAUAAAAUGACAAAUAAACAGAGUCUAUUGUUAAAAAAGAAAGAUGAGUGUAUGAAAAAGAUUCGAGAAUUAGGAUCUCUGCCAAGUGAUGCUUUUGAAAAAUACCAGAAUCUGAGUUCAAAACAGUUGUUUAAGAAAUUAGAACAGUGCAAUACAGAAUUAAAGAAAUACAGUCAUGUGAACAAGAAAGCUUUAGAUCAGUUUGUUAACUUCUCUGAUCAAAAAGAAAAACUGAUCAAAAGAAAAGAGGAAUUAGAUAGUGCACAUAAGUCCAUUUUAGAUUUGAUGAAUGCUCUGGAUCACCGAAAGUAUGAAGCAAUCCAGUUAACAUUUAAACAGGUAUCCAAGUAUUUUAGUGAAAUCUUUAAGAAGUUAGCUCCUCAGGGUCAUGCUGUAUUGGUGAUGAAGAAAGGGGAUAUGGAUCAAAAUGGAGAAGAUGAAGAAGGAUCAUCACAGGAAGUACCUUUAGUUGAGCAGUUCACAGGAGUGGGUAUUAAAGUGUCCUUCUCUGGAAACAAGGCAGAAAUGAGAGACAUGCAGCAGUUAUCUGGUGGACAGAAAUCUCUCGUUGCGCUAACACUUAUAUUUGCCAUUCAGAAGUGUGAUCCUGCUCCUUUCUAUCUGUUUGAUGAGAUUGACCAAGCUUUAGAUUCUAUCCAUAGGAAAGCGGUUGCUGAUAUGAUAAAUGAGUUAUCAGAGGAUGCCCAGUUCAUCACUACAACAUUCAGACCAGAAUUAUUAGAGCAUGCAGAUAAAUUCUAUGGUGUCAAAUUUAGGAACAAAGUUAGUCAUGUUGAAUGUGUUAGUCGUGAAGAAGCUGAGGACUUUGUAGAAGAUGACACAACACAUGGCUGAAAUAAAAUUUUCAAACAUAGAAAAGAAUGUUUAUGCCUAUCACUGCCCUUAAUCUGUUACAGAUGACUAUGUAUUGGAGGAAAACUACUGUCGAUGAAUUUAUGGUCCAGUUGUUUUUAAAUUUUUAUCAAGGAUCAGAAUGUUUUCAGUAAUUAUGAGUAAAAAUUUCUAGCAAAGAAUUAUGAAAAUAGUUUUUGUGUAUUCCAUCAAUAAGUGUAAUUUGUGGUUAACAGAGAUAACAGCAAUUGGAAUUUUUUUGGAAAAUGUUAUGUGAAAUGUGCUUUAAGGAUCUUGUGAACACCUUCAUAUACCUGAUUCAUUGUACUAUUGGUCUUCUACCAUUGUAACUACUAUGAGAUAAAUUUUGAUGAAAACAAACAAUUUAAAGCAACCAAUUGAAUCAUACAAGUUUUUAUCUGGAAUUAUUUUCUGCAGUCAUUGUUUAAUAUUUGAACUCUGUAAUUUUUAGAAAGAUUCAUUCAUUUUGAUUGUAGUUCUCAUAAAGUCCUCUUGUUUCAUACUGUUCAUUAUCUCACAUAUGUACAUACGCAAGGUUAGUUUUACCUUCUGUGAAGAAAAUGUUGUAAAUUUUCAUAUUGUCUUUGUAAAUUAUUUCAUUGUCAUCAAGAGUUUUAAUGUUGUAUUAUAUUUACAUGUAAAGUUCAUUUUAUUUUUCAUCUUUCAUUAUUAGAAUUACAUAUGUUUAAAGUAAAAUUAUAACAAUAAAAGGUAAAACCCGAGAAA